CUGUAUCAUUAAACACGUUAUUUGCACUAUGAGCAGCACUUGUGUUUAGUGCAGUGAAGACAAGACAGUAAAUGUUAAUUUAUUCCAUUUAGACAACGUGUAAUUUUUGUUUGAGCCAAUUUGCUUCUUAAUGUGUGGGAAAUCUUCGUUUUUAAGUUGGGUGUGUAGCAUUUUCUGAGAAGGGUGGAAUGGCCCAAACACACAGUGUCAGCAUGCCUGGCGGAACUUCUUCCCGACGACAUGGCCAUCACAGCCACACACAUGAUACUGGGUCUUUAUCAAUGCCACCUGGUCGACAUGGUGACACUGAAUGGGAGGCAAAGGAGGCUCACAGGCAGCGGGAGCUGGAAGAAGCAAGAGCACGAGCUGCUCAGAUGGAAAAAACAAUGAGGUGGUGGUCAGACUGCACAGCAAAUUGGCGAGAAAAGUGGAGUAAGGUCCGAAAUGAAAGAAACUCCGCUCGUGAAGAGAACAAGAUGUUGCGAUCUAAGCUAGAAAUGGCUGUAAAAGACAGAAAUAGUUUUAAAAGAGAAAAACUUGAUUUAGAAGCUCAAAAUGACCGUCUUAAGAGAGAGUUGGAAAAAAUUCAUCUAUUACUCUUGAAACAUGAUGAUCAAACACUUUUGGUAGAGGCAUUGGCUCAUGAAGAUCCUGAGAGGGACUUGACUGUACAAAAACCAGCAAGGCUCACAGGGUCUUCACCAGUUAGCAGCAGCAGUUUACCUUCUCCCAAAGGUACAUCAAUCAAUAGUAGGAGCCCUACUGCUUGCAAUGGUAAUGGUGGCGAAUCAGACAGCUCUCGUAAAAGCAACAUUGAUUUGCACAACAAAAUGUGCAGGGAACUCAAUAUUGAAGAAUAUGUUCUUCAAGGGGCUGUACCCCGUCAUGCCGUUGAAAUGUACUAUACUGGGGGCAAGGAAAAUGCCUUGGAUGCAGAGGACAACAAUGACAGUCUUUUAUGUACACAAGAUGGACUUGAAUCACCAGACAAUCCUGUUGAAGAAGAAAAUAAAGCCAUUAGGAAUCGUUCUCCUAAUGCUGCAGACACACUUGGUUCACACUAUGAUGCUGGCAGUGGUAGUAGUGUUGGUGGGGACUGCAAAUCAGCACCUCUGGAAGACCAUGGAAGAAGGGGAAGAAUGGGUGAGCACAAUCGAUCUGCAUCAGUCUGCUCAUCCUCUCCAGACCGGGAGUCUCUUAUUCAGAGGCUGAUGCUAAGAUUAGAGGAAGCUACUAAGACUAUUCAAACAGAAAGAGAUGAGAAGAUGAACUUGCAGAGAUCAGUUGAACGUCUAGAAACAGAACUUCUGGAGAUGAAGGUUCGUUGUGAAGAUUUGUGGCAGGAAAGGCAGAAGGCUGUGAGGGACUUGUUGCAAUUAGAGUCGCUACAAGAAGAUGAAGUUAGGCACAUUCGAGCUGAGCUUCAAGAUGAAACAUCAAGCCGGGAAGGAAUGGACCGUCGCUUAGCUGAUCUCAGAUCAGAGCUUGAAAGGCUUCAAGCAGAAAAUGCUGUUGAGUGGGGUAAAAGAGAACGUCUUGAGACAGAUAAGCUUGGACUGGAACGUGAUAAUAAGAAACUCAGGGCUGAACUCCGUGAUGUCCAGGAAAGACUCGCUGAGCGCAGAGCCAAACCUACUUCUGCUUCAGCUGAUGCCGAGCUUCGUCAGUGCCAGCAGGAAUUAGCUGAUAAGACCAAGGAAUUGUCUGGUCUUAAACAUUCUCAUAGCAAGCUGAAGAAAGUCUUCCAGGAUAAAUCAACUGAACUAGCUCAUGCCAUAAGGCGUGCAGAUCAAUAUGAGGCUGAAGUAAAACGUCUGAGAGGAAGAGUGGAAGAGUUAAAGAGAGAUUUAGCUGUGGCUGAAGAUGAAGUAGAUGCAACAUCAAAUAACAUAAGGAAACUUCAAAGGGCAAAUGAUGAACUGCAGGAACAAGUUGAUAGCUUACAAGUUCAGUUGGAGCACACACAAACUAGGCGUGAUACUGAGAAUUCAGCUUCACCAUCAGGCAGCAAUGGAGAUGAUGAAGCAGAACCUGAUGCUGAUGAUGAAGAUGGUGAUGGAGAUGGUCUCUCUUCAUCCUAACCUGCUGGCUGCGCAACUCAACAUCCUCCAGCCACCUUUCAUUAUUAAGCCCGAAGCGGUUGCUUGAAGAUGGGAGUGAGUAUGAUGAUGACGAUGACGAUGAUCUUAAUUUGUAUUAGGUUUUGAUUAUAGCUAUGUAUCUAGUCAUCUUGAGAAUUAUGAAUCAAUGUAGUUUGAAGUCAUUGCUCUGUGUAGGGUGUUUUAGGGAGAUUUAGGCUGUGACUUUGUGGUUUGCUUUCCAGUUUUUAUUUCAAGUACUUGAAAUUUUAUCUGCGUUAAUGUUAGCAUGCAGUUAUAAUUUCAACUGUUUGAAGUUAUCGCAACCAGCAAAUUCUAGUACACAUGCAGACUUUGGUAUCACUCAUCUCCAACUGUCAAUGUGUGUAUCAAAGAAACAAUCAAAUAAUGAUCAGCCUUCAACAUAUCCACAGUAUAUACCUCUAUACUUUAGUAGCCCAGGAUAGGAUUGUCUUGUUACUUGUUUUCUAAUUUUCCAAAUACUAAAAUGAAUCCUGGUGCUGCUCUCAGUAUUAUUCUGUAAAGUUUUCUUACAUCAUGCAGAUCUAGCUUUAACCUUUUCCUAGCUGUUAAACCCUUGUCUAUUUCAUUUUAUUUUAUUAUUCAGGUCAUACUAUACUCUUACAUUCCUGAAGGGUUGACACUGUGCGUGCUUAAGUAUGCAUAUUUGUAACAGCUAGAAAUUAUAUGAUAUUUAUGAGAAAUUUUUCAAUAUGGUAAAUAAUUUUGUUUUAGAUAGAACUGAUUUUCUUCUUCUUUAGUGAUCUUUAACACUAGCGAUUUUAUUUCCUUUAUAGAUUGGUUUAGACUGACUUUAUGUGCUCUAGCUCCUAAUGUCUGAAGUAGUAUCCUGUGAUAUGUAAUACAGUAUAACCAUUAUUACAAUUUUUCUUGCCAUUUAGGUAUAUCUAGUUAGUGAUUUCUAACAGACAACAAUAUUUAUCAUAUUACUAAAUUAUUGUUAUUAUUACCUACGUAUAUUAUUUUGGUACUAAUUUAAUUAUCCCAGAGAAAUCAUGAAAAAAGAAUGAAAUAGAGAGGCGUUUCUUCUCGAUGAGCAAACAAUGAUUUAGCUGAUGUUUACAUUUUAUUGUUGGUCAGAUGUGGAAAAUAUAAUCUACUCUUAUUAGUUAGUUUUUCUUAAGAUUUUAUCUCUGGAUUUGUGGCGUAUUGGCCUACUGUUUGCCUGAAUUUAUGCAGUGUUACAUCUAAUCCAACACAUCAUUUCUGAUGUGUAUAUUGUCAUCCCUGUGACAUUUUGGUCUGAAUCUUGUUCCUAGUCAAACUGUGGGCUAUUAGCAUUAGCAACUCUAAAAUUAAGUAGAUAUUAGGAAACGUAAUUUGUAUUGAAUAAUUAUCAGUAUUUUCUUCUUUAUUUAUUACAUUGAUGUGAAUAUAUUGCUCUCUAAAACUUCUUGUUAUUUGAUGGAUACAAUUUGAACAGAUUUUACAUUUCGUUAUUUAUUGUUUUGGUUUCAGAGGGUUAUGUUUUUGUACUUCUUGACUGAGCACUGUGUAAGUAUUUUGCCUAUUGUGCUAACGGUUUUAAGUGUAGAACAUCAGAGUGUGCAUUUCCAAAGUAGAUGUGGUACAAGGUACUAUAAUUGUUAUGUUCCCCCACAAAUGAAUUACUAAACUAUACCGUGCGUGAGGGCUACUACACAAGUGUUGCAGGUUUGCAUACCCUGGGGCCCAUGGCACCAUAUGAGUGGAGCGAGUAGGCAAACCGCAUACUUUUGUGUUGUAACGCUGACACACGGUACUAGAAGUUUUGUUGAAGCACAAAAUUGUGAAUAUGGUUUGAAAAUGAUACUUGUAAGGCUUCCAAAGCACUAAACAAUGACCCUUUGACAUAUCAGAUUUUUAAAAAUUCAAUUUUUUUAAGCUCAAGUUCUUUCAACUCUGUGUCAGAGACAUGUCCGUACUGUAUUUCAUUUUAGUGUGUGUGCAAGUAAUUUUACAUAUGUUUGUUGAGAUAUGAUGAGCGUAUACAUACUUGAAGUCUACCUUACUGAAGUAGUGUUUGUGAAAAAAAAAAAAAAAAUUUCUAUUAGACCCAUAAAAAUUGAGUAUGCAUGCCC